UCGUCCGUCUUCGGGUGUUUCCGCCGACUGUUUGCGCUGUGCCCCGAGCGCCCGGCGGCACAAUAGUUGCUAGCAAACACACGGAGACGGGGAGAGCGAGACAACUCACCGCCAGUGUGCCCCCAACUCUACCUGGUGUAGGUCAUUGGUGACAGUUUGAACUGCAGCAGUUUCGUAAGACAAAUCCGUGAUCAAGAUGGCAAGCGACGCUGAAGCGCUGUUUAAGAAGCUGAGUGAGGCGAAAGACUGCAAAUCGCUGUUGAAGAAGCACCUGACCAAAGAGAGGUUUGAGGAGCUGAAGAACAAGAAAACCUCGUUUGGAGGAACUCUGGCAGACUGCAUUCGCUCAGGAUGCGAGAACCUGGACAGCGGAGUUGGUAUCUAUGCCUGCGACCCAGAGGGUUACACUGUCUUCGCACCUGUUCUGGAUGCUGUCAUCCAGGACUACCACAAGGUCGACAAGCUGGAACAUCCGCCAUCAGACUUCGGGGUCGACAAGAUCGACUUCGGCGACCUGGACCCUGAGGGCAAGUUGAUCGUCUCCACCCGCGUGCGCGUGGGGCGCAGCCAUGAUAGCUAUGGCUUCCCACCCGUGGCCUGCAAGGAGGAUCGCAUGGCCAUGGAGAAGAUAACUCUAGAGGCGCUCAACACCCUAGAAGGAGAGCUGAAGGGUACCUAUUACCCUCUGACAGGCAUGAGCAAGGAGACACAAAAACAGUUGACAGAGGACCAUUUCCUCUUUAACGACAGUGACAGGUUCCUACGGGCAGCAGGAGGCUAUAAAGACUGGCCCACAGGCCGUGGAAUUUUCCACACGCCCGACAAGAGGUUCUUGGUGUGGCUCAACGAGGAGGACCACCUGCUUAUCUCUAUGCAAAUGGGCGGCAACCUCAAAGAAGUCUACGUGAGACUCGUCAAGGCCAUCCAGACCCUAGAGAAACGACUGAAAUUCGCUAAGCGGGAUGGUCUGGGCUACCUGACCUUCUGUCCCUCCAACCUGGGCACUACCCUUAGGGCAUCUGUCCACAUCAAGAUCCCCAAACUGUCUCAGACCCGACUUCAAAGCUUCUGUGACAAGUACAACAUCCAGGCACGAGGUAUUCACGGUGAGCACACAGAGAGUGUUGGUGGUGUGUACGACAUCUCUAACAAGCGACGACUGGGUCUGACUGAGUUCGAGGCCAUCCAGGAGAUGAGAAGGGGAGUGGAGGCGGUUAUCGCUGAAGAAAAGAAGUUGUCUGGGGUGUAUUUCUACGUCGUCCUCUCGUAUCGAUCCGAAAUAGACACCGUCCCUCGUAAAAACUUCGAGAAAUUCCGUGUGAUUUCUCGCCGCCGCUCGGCUAUUUCCGUCGAGCCUCCGGAAGGCGAGCAGACACACGGAGAUCGCCGUCUGGCUUGUAACACCGGCUGGAGACUUGUUGCACUGCAUGCAACAGUGCUGGAAGGGAAUUUUAAAUACUCAGGAGAAAUUUAUUCUUUGAUAUUAUUUUUUUCUACAUUGUGCUGGAGAAUAUUUUUUAAAUUCAGAAAUAGUGCGAGCCUGGUAACCCCAUCUCUCUCGUGUGGAUCCACAGAAGACGAAACAGAAGCAAAAGUCUUUUUUUCGACGUGCAGUCUCAAAUAUAAGAUUUUACAAAUUCUUUCACUUCUUUCAUUGCUUCGUGUGGGACUCUACGAUCGUCUUUUUUUGCUGAAUCUUUCCCUUCUCUUAUUGCAAGCAGUGUACAUCACCAUGACAACGGAGGUUGAGGAACUUUACCAAAAACUUACCGAAGCAGAAAACUGCAAAUCACUAUUGAAGAAACACUUGACGAAGGAUGUGUUUGAGAAGCUGAAAGACAAGAAGACAUCGUUAGGUGGGACGUUGGCAGACUGUAUCAGAUCAGGAUGUGAAAAUCUGGACAGUGGGGUCGGCCUGUAUGCCUGUGAUCCGGAAGCCUACAGCGUGUUUAGCCCUCUGUUUGAUCCUGUCAUCAAAGACUACCAUCGCAUCCCGGAGAAAAAGCCCAUCCAUCACCCGGCGGCAGAUUUUGGAGACCUUGAAAAAGUCAAAUUUGAGGACCUUGACCCUGAAGGCAAGAUCAUUGUCAGCACGAGGGUCAGGGUCGGAAGGUCACACGACACUUAUGCAUUUCCUCCCAUCUUGACGAAAGAGCAAAGAGAAGAGAUGGAGAAGAAGUCGGUAGAUGCGCUGAACAGUCUGAGCGAUGAACUUCAGGGUACCUACCACCCGCUGACGGGUAUGGACCGCGCUACCCAGGACAAACUGACAGAAGAUCAUUUCCUCUUCAACGACAGUGACAGGUUUCUAAAGGCUGCAGGCGGGUACAACGACUGGCCCACAGGCCGUGGGAUUUUCUUCAAUGAGGCCAAGACUUUUCUGGUGUGGGUCAACGAGGAGGACCACCUGAGGGUCAUCUCUAUGCAGAAGGGAGGCGACCUGGGAGCUGUCUACAGCAGGCUAGUUAAGGCCAUCAAAACUAUUGGCGAAAAGCUGACCUUUGCCCGCGAUGACCGCCUGGGCUUUUUGACAUUUUGCCCCACCAACCUCGGCACCACUCUUCGGGCCUCCGUCCACAUCAAAAUCCCCAACCUUGCCGAUCAGCCCAACUUUAAGACCGUCUGCGACAAAUACCACCUUCAGGCGAGAGGUAUUCAUGGCGAGCACACAGAGAGCGAGGGCGGGGUGUACGACAUCUCCAACAAGCGGCGCCUGGGGCUGACGGAGAUCCAGGCCGUGACGGAGAUGUACAACGGCGUCAAGGAGAUCAUCAAACUGGAGAAGGAGCUGGCGUGGCGGCCGGAGACCCUGGAGGAGAUGUUCGAACAUGUGAGCAAAAACAAGAGCUGCAAGUCGCUGAUGAAGAAACAUCUCACCAGGGACGUAGUCGACCGACUGAAGGACAAAACAACCUCCCACAAUGCCACGCUCGCCGACUGCAUCCGGUCAGGUGCGCUGAACCUGGACAGCAGCGUGGGUAUCUAUGCUGCUGACCCCGAGUCCUAUACUGUCUUCGCGGACAUCUUCGAUCCUGUCAUCAAGGACUACCACAAGAUCAAGGCCAGUGACCCCAUUGCUCACCCGGCUUGCGACUUUGGCGACCUGGAGAAACUAGAGUUUUCCCAACCUGGACCCCGAUGGAGAACUGAUCGAGUCUACCGCAUCCGUGUGGGCAGAAGCCACCAGGAGUAUGCCUUCCCACCGGUUCUGACCAAAGAGGAUCGAAUCAGUAUGGAAAAGAAGUCGGUGGAGGCUCUCAAAACAUUGACUGAUGAGCCGGGUACAUACUACCCGCUGACUGGUAUGGACCGCGCUACCCAGGACAAACUGACGCAGGAUCACUUCCUUUUUAACGACAGUGACAGAUUUCUAAAGGCUGCAGGCGGGUACAACGACUGGCCCACAGGCCGUGGGAUUUUUUUCAACGAGGCCAAGACUUUUGUUUGGGUCAACGAGGAAGACCACCUAAGGGUCAUCUCCAUGCAGAAGGGAGGCGACUUGGGUGCCAUCUAUGUCAGACUGGUCAAGGCGGUCAAGGCAUUGGGAGACAAACUGACCUUUGCCCGCGACGACCGUCUAGGUUUUCUGACUUUCUGCCCCAACCUGGGCACAACCCUGAGAGCUUCAGUGCACAUCAAAGUCCCGCAUCUGGCAGCUCGCAAGGACUUCAAGUCGGUCUGCGAGAAGCUGAAGCUGCAGGCCAGAGGUAUUCACGGCGAGCACACGGAUAGCGUGGGCGGGGUGUACGACAUCUCCAACAAGCGGCGCCUGGGGCUGACGGAGAUCCAGGCCGUGACGGAGAUGUACAACGGCAUCAAGGAGAUCAUCAAACUGGAGAAGGAGCUGGCUGCCGGCAAAGGAGCCAAGUCGUCCUCGUCAUGUCUUAUCAUCUGAUCGUCGCCCUCUUUGCCACGGCCCUCGGCCAUGUACUGACGUCACGUGGUACGGGAGAGGAACGAGGGACAAGGUAUUGCCAGUGUGCAGGAGGCACUUCAGAGACCUUGGGAGGUGUAGGUUGGUGGAAGGCGGUUUUGUAACGUUUAGUUUGAUUCUCACUGGCUGCAAACAAAGUACAGUGUAGGCUUAUGAAGGAACAGUCAGGUUAUUAUUCUUAUUAUUUCGAUUGUUUUCUUCUACAUUUUGCUAUGCACACAACUUAAAACUAUUUCUCGUAUACUAUAAUGCUGAACUGGAAGGAAGUGUGUUAGCUGUGAUGUUUGUAAACCACAGACUGAAUGGCAGGGCAGGAGACUACGAGAUCGGGAAAGUUUAAACAUUCUGAUUUUUAAAGCAGUUAUCAUGGACUCUUUCAAGCUUAGCCACAUGACACCUAAUGUGCCUCGAGGCGCUGUCACCACUCGCCAUAAUAGAAAACAUUCUAAAAUUUAAAAAAAUAGUUGUUUACAUACAUCCACCCAUAAAUGGAAAAGUCCACCCACACAAAAAUAAUAAUCGAAAGACCAUACCGUUGACAUAUAUACAACCGAUGAGAUUUCAUAGAAUGAAAGUUAAAACUCCUGGUCCAAUAAAGAAUAAAAUAUAGAAUUUCAUGUAACACUCACUGCAAAUCUUCAUACACUGCUUAAAAAUGUGUUACCAAAAGUGGAAGCUCCCGUUUAUAGGAAAUAAACACUUGUUUUGCGCUCGUGCAGUCGGAAUAAUUUUAUGAACAACACAUUAGACAUGGUCUUUGCAUUGCGUAACAUUUUUUUAAACCGGUUCCUAAUGUAAAUGAGUGUUGUUAAAUGAGUUUCCAUAAAAUGGCAGACAAAAUGCAGAAAUUAAUAUUUCAGCCACGAAGUAAAGAUAAUGAGAACUUACAUUUAGCCAUAGAUUAAUACUUUACAUACCAUUAAACUUUUGUUUCAUUAAAAAACAGCUCAAAAUAAACGAUAUUGUUUUCUGAAAUCAGCAGCUUAAUGAAAUUUGUCCUUAAGUUCUGUUGCUUAUAGGAAUAAAUAGACAUACGUUUUGAAAAUACCAUUGGGAAAUAGGAUGUCGACCCAGGCGAUAUAAGAUUGGUGGGUUAUGUGCCAACAUUUCGUGGGAAGAAAAGUGUCUGCCAGCAUUAACAGUAUAGAUUUAAUAUGUUGUUUGAGUAAAUGAAAGCUACACUUAAAUCUAUUUAAUGCUUGGAUUUUACAUUGAACUGAAUAGAGGGAGGUAAUCAGAGGUUGUAUUUGUUGAUAUGGGGAAAGACGAGUUGUCUACCUUACGAGCCGCUAGAAUUGCAUAGAAUGAUAAAUAUUGAUAAAUUCUAUGUCACUUUAUAACCGUCAUGGCUCCGAUAGCGCUAGGAAACAUAUAUAUAUAUUUUGCUACUUAUCUCUUUGAAAUAAUCUUUUACAACUUAUGAAGAUUUCUAAAAGUGAUUAAAGACAGAUGAUUAAUUAUAAUUUAAAUUUAAAAAAAUCUGUACGAUUGUUUUUCUAAACAUAUUGUUGUGUCUUAUACGACUCUGUUUUACGUGUGACUAUGCAUUCAGUUCAUUUUAAAAUAUCUUUGGAAGCAAAAAUCCUGUAAAACUGUAUGUAGAAAUUGUCUUUUUAUGUGGAUAUCAAUACAGUCACUAAAUAUUUCGUUUGUUUCAUGUUGCUUUAGAAGGACUACAAAAUUGUACAAAGAAUUUUUGUAUGGGCAAGUAAAUUAUGUUUUAGAUAAUUGGAGAAACCAGUAUGAGAACGUACUCCAGAUGGAGACUUAUCACCUUUCUCUUGUUAAAUCAAAAGUAAUGAACUAGAUGUCUCUGCAUAUUAAUAAAUAUAAAUAAAGUGAAGCCCGACUCGCCAACCUAAAUCUAAUGGUGUUCUGCAUUGCCUGCUAUCCAAAAUAUACUGACUUUUGCGAAAAAAACAUGUGGCUCGAUCCAUUAAAACAAUAAAAUGCAUGAUGUCACCGAAAAGUGCAGGAAGCCUACCAUUGUACAUGUAACUUUUGUCAGUUUUGUUCGUUGAAAAUUCUGAGCUUCUUCUCAAACGCAAGUAGCCAUAUAUGAUGUCAGAAACUUGUUCGGAACUGACAUUCGCUCAAUUUUGAUAACACACAUUCAUAAAAGACCCAGUUGAUGAAAAAUCUUCGCCUAGCUACAAAUUUUCAUUUGCAGACUAUCCAAUGGCCGCAUCAGCAUUGCCUAUAAAUUGUGUCUUACUUAUGAAAGCAGCAUUAUGAGCUCAUUAAAUCUGUCGAAUACUUUUUGAACACAUAUACUUUGUGAACAUUUUGACGUUUUUUGACAAAGUUUAUAUCUGUUGUUUUAUAACUUAUAGUUCUGUUGAUUUUUGGCUGCAAUGGGCGCUUACUCUGGCGGGAGUGUAGCACGAGCCACGGAAGCAUUAUCGCCCUUUGCUUGCUAUAGAAGUUAUCGGCGCUUCGUUUAGCAGACUUGUCACACCCGUGUAAUUAAACCGCCAUUUCCCCCGCCAAAAUAGGCGCCCAUUUUCAAAAUAAGAUUGAUUAACAGAGGUAAAUUAUUUUUUGCGCAUGUUGAAUAUGUUCUUUCUUUAUACUUGUUUGUUGUGUUGCUCACGUUUGACACAGGUUGCGAUACUCAUGUAUUCUGGCUAUAAUCAGCACAACCAAAUAGUGAAAAAUAUUUUGUAGUUUUUUUUUCAAAGCGUGAUACCAUGUUUUUUUCCCAGUAGAUGUACAUUUUAUUUUUUAGCCACUGCCUGUCGCACAGAAUCAUACUGGAAAAAACAAAUAUAACUGUACGAUUCUCCUUCCUGCAAAGGAGUAUACAUGUACACUGUAAGGAAAUAACAUUUAGGUGCAGCUAGGGUUCCCAGUUCAUUUAUUGCGACUGUGUUAAUAUUAUUUCUAGAUAACCUUGAUAGGGGUCUAAGUACAACAUUGUAAAUAACAGUCCUCGUAUGCUCACUAAAUGUUGCAACCUGUUUUGGAUUUACAAAUGUCAGUACUAAUUGCUGAAAUUCUUUGAAUGCAAAUAAUGUAAAAAAAAAAAAGACAUGAGGCUUAAGACGGAAAAGUCUACUGGUGUUGUUCAAAAGCCUAUUAUUUUCUAUUGUUGUGGCUCUUUAUUCGGGCUAGAAUGGAACAAAUGAUUAAUUUUCCACCUUAUUCUACAUAUUUUAAUGUAUUAAUUAGUCUACAUUAAUUAAUUCUAAUUAAUUAUUCUACAUAUUUUAAUGUUAUUUCCUGCUCUGGCGCUUUGAUUAUUAACGUUCGUGAUCUGUCUCUGAAUAUAUUUCUCUUGUUCUUUGGUUGUCAUAGUUCUGUAUCAUGAGGGCGCGUUGUUUAUUGUUGAUUUUUUAUAGCUCAAUAACUCCACAAUCGUGACACAGCUGUGGGAACUGUAAAGAACAACAGAAUGACACGAAAAAGGGAAACAAUAGUAAAACUAGUUUUAGAAAUCAUUAGACAGGCAUUCCUAACCUUCCAAAAGGUAAAGUUUUAGAUGUUAAAUCCUUCAUAAAUAAUGAUAAUAGCAACAACAACAACAACAACAACAACAAGCGUCCAUGACUCAGCUGACAGGUUAUACGUGACAUUCAUACAAAUAUUCUUUCUCGGGCUCGUUUAACACCAUUCUCAGCAUGACCAUACUAUAAAUUUAACCAGUGUGAGGCAUUAUCUGUAGUCUUCAGUAGUCAAUGGCGUGCUUUGACUGUGCCUCUAUAUGGUGUACGCAACCAUGGUUGUUAAUAUAUCUAUUUUAUUUAUUCGUUUGUUUAACAUUAAUGAUUAGAUAAAGCCGUCAGGGACGCCAAGAAAGAGUAUAUUCACCUAGGGUGGACAUCCAGUUUUUAUUUUUAAACUAAACUUGCAAAUGCAAGACAGAUGGUCUCGAUGAUUAAAGUCAACUGUAGUCACUUGAUUCUAGAAAAUCUCUUUCUGAAUACUUUUGCUGCGAAUAUUUGACCUGCUUCUAUUUUACCUUCAUUUUAUGUUUAGACAGGUCGGCAGUAUUAUGUUUACACGGUUUAAGGGUUCAUUACUUAGUGUUCAUUAAGUUCUAGCCGCUUGCAAAGUGUACCUUGCCUGUGAACAUUUGUUACAGUAAUAAACGCUUGUAAAGAGUCAUCAUGUAUUUAUUAUAAGUGACCGUCGCCAUUUACAUGUCACAUGAUUAUUGUACUUCGGCGCCUUGCAUUUGUUUGUUUUCGAUUUCUUAAAGAAAAUGUACACAGUUUCAGUAGCUAUUCUCGUUCCAGCCAGGACUUCAGCAAAUUGUUUUGUUUUGUUGUUUGCUCGGAAAACUUCAGACCAAAUUGAAUUUUGGUACGUCUGCAUAUUUCCAGGCCUCUAGUUUGUAUGCGUGGGUGUAUGAUACAGCACUGCUUACAGGCUUGUCUUUGUACAUCGUGAAAUGUUUAUUCAUUAAAGUAUUUAAACAAGGA